GCUCCGUCCCAGGUCCCCCGCCCCGGGACGCUGCCCCAGCCGGGCGGGCAGUCCCAGCCCCUGCCGAGGCCGUCCCGGGGACACAGACGCCAAAGCCCCUCCGGCCGGAGCAGGGACCCGGGCCUGCCCAGCCAGCUCUGACAGCCCCAUGGCCCUGGCCGGCCACUGAGCCCCACCAUGGGCAGCCUGUACUCAGAGUACCUAAGCCCCAGCAAGGUCCUGGAACACUAUAAUUACACCAAGGAGACGCUGGACACUCAGGAGACGACCUCCCGCCAGGUGGCCUCGGGCUUCAUCAUCUUCCUCUGCUUCGUCAUCGUGGUGGAGAACGCCCUGGUGCUCAAUGCCGUUGUUCGCAACAGCAAGUUCCACUCAGCCAUGUACCUGUUUCUGGGCAACCUGGCCGCCUCGGACCUACUGGCAGGUGUGGCCUUCUUUGCCAACACCUUGCUCUCAGGCCGUGUCACGCUGAGGCUGACCCCUGUGGAGUGGUUCGCCCGAGAGGGCUCCGCCUUCAUCACACUUUCCGCCUCUGUCUUCAGCCUCCUGGCCAUUGCCAUUGAGCGGCAUGUGGCCAUUGCCAAGGUCAAGCUCUACGGCAGCGACAAGAGCUGCCGCAUGCUGCUGCUCAUCGUGGCCUCGUGGCUCAUCUCAUUCGCUCUCGGAGGCCUGCCCAUCCUCGGCUGGAACUGCCUGGGCCAUCUCGAGGCCUGUUCCACCGUGCUGCCGCUCUACACCAAGCACUAUGUGCUCUGCGUCGUGACCAUCUUCUCCGUCAUCUUACUGGCCAUCGUCGCUCUGUACAUCCGCAUCUACUGUGUGGUCCGCUCCAGCCACGCCGACGUGGCCGGCCCGCAGACGCUGGCCCUGCUCAAGACGGUCACCAUCGUGCUGGGCGUCUUCAUCGUCUGCUGGCUGCCUGCCUUUAGCAUCCUGCUCCUGGACUAUGCCUGUCCCGUCCGGUCCUGCCCUGUCCUCUACAAGGCCCACUACUUCUUUGCCUUUGCCACCCUGAACUCGCUGCUCAACCCCGUCAUCUACACGUGGCGCAGCCGGGACCUACGGCGGGAGGUACUGAGGCCGCUGCAGAGCUGCCGGCGGGCGGCGGGGGUUCAAGGGCGGCGGGGUGGGACCCCAGGGCAUCGCCUCCUGCCUCUCCGCAGCUCCAGCUCACUAGAGAGGGGCACACACAUGCCCACGUCGCCCACGUUUCUGGAGGGCAACACAAUGGUCUGAGUGGGCCACCAGGCCAUGGCAGAGGGCUCCGUGGAGAGACACCGGGUGACCCUGGACAGAGAUGUGGGGUUGUCAAGCAAGACGCCCCGACGCCGCAGACCUGGGUGGUAUUGAAAAUAUUUCACACCAGGGGUAGCCGGCUGAGACGCUGGCCAGUCGGUUGGCAGAGCUGCAGGGCCAGAGGCUAGUGUAGUAACUGGUGUGAGCCCUUCAGAACCGGAUCAUGGGGUGGCCUGGGGGACCUGGAAAGGGCCUGUGUGACAGCAGGCAGGCAUCCCGGUGACAAUAGGCAAGCACUCGGGGGAGCUCAGGGCAGGAACUACUUACAACACGUUACAAGGGAUUUCUACAUUUCAUGACUGACACUCUGCCUUGUACAAGGCUCCCCUCUCUGAAUCUAGCCCCCUUGUCACCUCCUGGCAAACUUGGGCCACCUCCCCUAGCACCACUGCCCCAAGGGGCUGGAGGCCUCCACCCUGACCGUCCUGGGUGGCACUGGCUGACAGUUUCAAAGCCCAAAUCCACAGCUUCUCCAAAUUUCACCAGCUGCCACUUUGGCCUCUUCCCUUUUCUCUCACGUUCCAUGAGAUGCUGGGAAGCCAUGGGGUGCAGAGGGGGGCUGGAUGCCAUUCUCAGACCUCAGCGGCCAAUUGCACUAUUUGGGGCACAGAGGAAUCACCAGGGGCUGGAAAAUCUGGUCUGGGGGAGCUGAGGAGGGCUCUGGGCCUCCUGGGGGGAGAGUGGACCUUGAGAAGGUUCUAGGGGAGCUGUUUGCACAGGACCCCCUCCCCCCCAUAAAAACAACCACCCAAGAGCUACUCCCACCUCCAGCCCAGCAGAAGUCCCAGAUCUCUGGGACAGGGCAGCCUUGAGCCAAUGUGCCUCCUUUCAAGUUGUACAGAGGAGCAUGGGGGUGGGCAUGACAAGGACAUUUGCGGGGUGCUGUCCCCUCCCCUGCCCCAGAAGGACUUUACUAAAUUCCAUGGAUAGAUGGAAGGGACAUUGCGGUACAAAUGUAUAUUUAUGUGUGUCUGUGUGCGCGCAUGUGUGGCAUCUGUGACCCAUUCUCCCCUCCGUGUCCCCCCUCCCCCGAGUGGAUGUCCUUGUCGUCUCGUGUCUGUGUUGAAGCUGCCAAAGAGGGAUCUGGCCCCCGCACAGACCCCUUGUCAUUGCUGGCUCAUAUCCCCACUGGAGAGCUGGGGUCCGGCUCUCCUCGGGGAAGGAAACCUCACGCCUGAAAGGGAUUGCUCGUGAAUGCAAAGGCUGGGGGAGGAGGUCUUGGGGGGCAAGGAGCCAGUUGGGGGCUUGUCUCCCCUCGUACAGCUCCCCAGAUGCACCCCCCCAUGCCUGAGACCCAGGCCCAGGCUAAUAAACGGUUCAAUCUCUCA